AUGUAUAAUAAAUAUUUAUUCAUUUGUGUAUUGUUAACAUUGACUAUUUGUGAGGGUGGAUAUCAGAAUAUCAAAAUAAAGGAAUUUAUGAGCUAGAAUAAUGAAAUUUUUACAUAUAUAAAUGAAGUUUUAGACGAUGAAGCUGGUCCAGAAUAUUUCCUCUGGAAGAUCGAAAGUCUUUAAUAGUAAAUUGUUUCAGGAAUCAAUUAUAAGAUGGUUGUUGACUAUUAAAAAAAGGAUGACCCUAAUCAAUACAUUCAAUUUGAGAUCAUAAUUUACGAUUAACCAUAGACUAAUACAAGAAAAGUGACCGCUUUGGAAUAGAAGAACCUUAGAGUGGAUAACAAAAAAUCAAAUAAUUUGAAAUAUCAUGGUUGGGUUGAUCUAGAUACAAAGCAGUUUAGCCAAAAAUUUCCCUAAAUUUAAAAAUUAUUGCUUUCAAAGUUAAUACCGAAAUUUGAAUUAGAAGAUAAUACCUCUAUUAUAGAUAUAAAAUCAGUUAAAGAGUAAUUUAUAUCAGGAAAAACCUAUUUAAUCUUUGUGUCAUUAUCUGAUGGGAAAUAAUAUAAGGGAACAUUGUAUGAAAAUCCAUGGUCUAAGAAAAUGGAAGUAGUAACAGUAGAGAAAGAAGAAGAAGAGUGAUUCUUAAAUUUUAUUAAUAAUAAAUGUAUUUUAUGAGAAUCCAUAUCAUCAGAAA